UUAGGUGCUUUUCAUGUUCAGGGGGAAUGUUAACCCUCUUAAGCCACAUUAUGUCAGAAACAGCAAUGCAUGCCAUGAAGAAGACAAUUCUGCGACUGUAGUAUACUAGUAGUUCAUUAAUAUAGCCUAAAGUUUAACGCUAUAUUAAGCUUGUAAUUUCAUAUAAUUCAGAGUCGUUCACAAACAGCCACAUUUACCUCCGCAAACAUUUGGAAAACCGAAAAUUAGCUUAAUUAUUCAAUAUACUGUUCUUGAUUUUAUUUAGGAUUUCUAGAUAUCACGGGAUAAUCAUUCAGUUACUCAAACACUAAGCCAACAUAGCCUGGAGUGAAUGUGUUUGGGGCAGAGACCGUAAAAAAUAGGUUUGGGGAUCAUGAAACCUUUGAAUGGCUAUGCCGGGACGCUGACGCGACCUUGCUUUUGAAUGUAAUCCCGUUUGUGAACGCCCUGCCAUCUCUGGCCGAAUAUCUUCCAUCAUUUGAUCCGGGGCAUCAGCGCUGUGUGUACUGAGCGAUGUGUCGGGAGGCCCAGCUGUCAGGGCUAAUGGCGGAACAAUUGAGUGUUGCCGUGCGAACGGCUGUUUCUUGUUAUUUUAAUACCUGACCUUACACUGUUGUCAUUCUGUCAUUGGAAAAGGGUUUAGAGCUCAUCUUGGAGAAUUAGCCUGACUUUAUGAAGCUAGUUACAGGGUCUCUGGCGGGAGGUACUAUUUUAAUAAACAGGGCUAAACUCAUUGUAGGAGAGGAGGAUAAAAGAGACUGAGAGACAGUUACUGCCAGAAGAACACUAACUAGCCUUAGCAUCAACCAGGAGGAGCCUGAUCGGAGGAGGCGCCAUGGAGCUGCUUGGGGGACUGAUUCCACUGGUGCUGGGAGGCGCGGGGGUGCUGCUGCUCUACCAGCUGCUGCAGAGGGUCCGACAGAGGGCCUAUAUCCAGGACGCAGUGGUGGUCAUCACCGGGGCCAGCUCUGGCCUGGGAAAAGAGUGCGCGCGGGCGUUCCACGCGGCGGGGGCCCGGCUCAUCCUGUGCGGGCGGGACCGCGCGCGGCUGCAGGAGCUGGUCCAGGAGCUGACGGAGGCGGCCGACGGCAAGAGGAAGACGUACAGCCCCAGCACCGUGACCUUUGACCUGUCGGACACCGAGACGGUGGCCAGCGCCGCGGAGGAGAUCCUGAGGUGUCAUGGCCACGUGGACGUCCUGAUCAACAACGCGGGCGUCAGCUAUCGCGGCGACGUCCUCACCACGCGCGUGGAGGUCCACAAAGAGGUCAUGGGCAUCAACUACUUUGGCUCCGUCGCCCUCACUCAGGCCAUCCUGCCGUCCAUGGUCCAGAGACGGAGCGGACACAUCGCGGUGAUCAGCAGCGUCCAGGGCAAGAUCGCCAUCCCAUUCAGAUCAGCCUACGCCGCCUCCAAACACGCCACCCAGGCCUUCUUCGACUGCCUGCGGGCCGAGGUGGAGCAGUACGGCGUGCAGGUGUCCGUCAUCAGCCCCGGAUACAUCAGGACCAGCCUGUCCGUCAAUGCUGUGACCGGGGACGGCUCCCGGUACGGGGUCCAGGAUAAGAACACGGCGGAGGGCCGGGACCCCCGGGAGGUGGCGGAGGCGGUGCUGAGGGCCGUGGGGCGCAAGAAGAAGGACGUCUUGCUGGCCGGGCUGCUGCCCACCCUGGCCGUCUACAUCCGGACCCUGUGCCCGCCGCUCUUCUUCAAACUCAUGGCCUCCCGCGCCAGGAAGGAGCAGAGGCCGAAGGAGGACUGACAGCUGGGCCCCACCCCUUCAUGCUGGGCCACGCCCCUUUACACUGGACUCCACACAUUCAAACAUGGCCCCGCCCCUUCACACUUGGUCCCGCCCUUUUACACUGGACCACAUCCCUGCACGCUCAAACCAGAAGGGGGAGGCAGCCAAAACCUGACCUCAUUCUUGUAAAACCGCUUCUUCUGGACCCGCAGGCAGAGCACUGCAUUGUACAAAGCAAACAGUCAAGCAAGUGUUUUAUUAUGAAAUUGACAAUACUGCAGGCUAAGGCUGGGAGGUGAUGUAUUUCAUGAUGAAAAUCAGCUUUUCUGAAAAAUCUUGUCCAGUAGGCAGUGAGAUUACACCACAGGCUUAUCUAACAUGGGCCAAUGGCGUUUAGAGGAACAGUCUAAACACAGUUGGCUAACGUGCUAACGCCAGACUCAGCUUUCAGCGCAAAUAACCAUAGAUGAAAAGCUUUUGGGGUAAAGGUAAAGAAUGUUUAUUCAGUUGUGUAAAUACACCGCUAAAAUCUCACUUCAUGAGUGGUACACGAUUCACCUUAACACUGAAGUCUAAUAAUGUGCUAUUUAAAUGCUACAAAAACAGAGAUGGGCACUGGGGUGAGAAGCUCUGGGUGAAUAUCUGAAAUGUUGAUCCCAUAAAUCGGUUCUGAGACCCAUAGCGGAGAGAGUUGCUCCGGGCUCAGCUACAUCACACAGAGCGUCAUGUUGCAUAUAAAGUGUGAAAGAUGCAGUCGGUGUCAUUUUUGGAAAUGUAAAUUUUCCCUGAAGUCUCUGCCUCCGAUAGCUGCAUUGUGUGUCCUCCAGGAUACUGAGGGUUUAGUCAGGCCAAGGAGACCAGGGGAGAAACAGUGCUUUAAAAAAAAAUAAUAAUAAUAAUAGCGGAAGAUUCAGGAGGAGUUCACGGACGUGCGUUUCUCAGUCUGAAUUCCGGAGGUAAACGCAGUAUGAGCCAACUUUCAGCCCCGAGGAAUUAAGCCGAGAGGUUUUUUUAAAGAAACCGCUAAACAAACAUUUGUCUUCUGGAAUAAACGACCGUGCAGAAAGCAUGCAUACGAA